AUGAAGAUGCAUGAGAACGUGCACGAGAACGUGCAGGAGAACGUGCAGGAGAACGUGCACGAGAACGUGCACGAGAACGUGCAUGAGAACGUGCAUGAGAACGUGCAUGAGAACGUGCAUGAGAACGUGCAUGAGAACGUGCAUGAGAACGUGCAUCAGAGCGUGCACGAGAAUGUGCACGAGAACGUGCACGAGAACGUGCACGAGAACGUGUAUGAGAACGUGCAGGAGAACGUGCACGAGAACGUGCAUGAGAACGUGCAUGAGAACGUGCAUGAGAACGUGCAUGAGAACGUGCAUGAGAACGUGCAUGAGAACGUGCAUCAGAGCGUGCACGAGAAUGUGCACGAGAACGUGCACGAGAACGUGCACGAGAACGUGCACGAGAACUUGAGCAGCCCUUUCAGCGAUGUGGCGACCAGAGAGAGAGACAACUGCGCGGCGACCGCUUGA